CCAAAGGUACAGGUUAGUUUUUCUUUACAAUGUGAAUUUCAGUUUUGAAGAUACGGUACAACAGUACAAGCGCCUUUUCUUGUCGCGCCACGACUACUUAUCGUGACGUGCCAACACUCAAUUGGCUGUACAAGAAAAAUUAUAUGGAGCCUGCCGCAUUGAACCAUGGGAUGGUGUUUUUUCCCUGGGUUUUGGUUUCUCGGUAACCAAACAGAAAAUAAUUAGUCAUCAGUCAAAUUAUUUGAUAUUUUGAUUAAUGAAGUCGGUUCGGUAAAAAAAAUCACGUUUACAUGACGGACGGUUACUGGAAUCAUCGUCUUCAGCAGCAGCAACAUCCUCUUCAUCAGUCGGAUGCAAGUUUAAAACGACACCGCCCCGAUUAUGAUAUCCAGUCUUCAGGGCUGCCUUCAGGCAAUGAGGUUCCUAGCUAUUAUCCAAGAGAUGAUGAUCAGGAAAAGUAUCAAUCUGUAAAGGACACAAAGACAAUUGGAUCCGCAUAUGACCGGUAUCUGCAAAAUUCGCAAGUUGUUCCUUUUUCUUCCGAGGAAGCUAGUGGAUUGAGCAGCGGUGGGUUUGCAAGGGCCAAUGGUGGCAGCGGUGGUGGUGGUGGGAUGACUGGACUUCCAAUACUUGAUUCUGGUAUGCCACGCCGUACUCUAUCCAGUGGUCCAGACCCUGCACGAAAUGGUAGAAACAUCGGUUUUGUUAGUCAUCCCCCGGUGAACAAAAUAGCUAGGCCCAUUCGUGAAACUUUACCUCUGCCUCCAGAUGCUUCCAACACUCUUUACGUCGAGGGACUCCCUCCUGGCAGCAAAAGGAGAGAAGUAGCUCAUAUCUUUCGCCCUUUUGUGGGAUAUAAGGAAGUGAGAGUUGUGAGCAAAGAUUCCAAGCAUCGUGGCGGAGAUCCUAUCAUUCUCUGUUUUGUUGAUUUUGAAGAUGCUGCCUGUGCAGCAACCGCGAUGAGUGUCUUGCAAGGUUAUAGAUUGGAUGAACAUGAUCGUGAAUCUAGUUGCUUAAGGCUACAGUUUUCUCGAUAUCGCUCUGGAAGUCGUGGGAAAAGUAUAGUGAAGGCACAAGGUGAUGCAAAGAAAAUUUUCUGAAGAUUAAUUGUGUAACAGGAGACGUUCUAAUUGAUUUAUAACUCAACGCCAUCCUAUAGUUUCCAAAAUAAAUGCAUCAACAAGAAUUGUUGCAUUGUAUGAUUAUUACUAGAUGAUUAGCUCUUUCAUAUUUGUUUUUCUUACUUCUGAUUGUUAUGAAAGUUGAUUGUAUAAAUAUUCUGAACAUAUUUUCAUUCUUCUGAAAGGUUUUGUAUUAACAUAUAGUUAGAAUUGUUUCUCA